CACUGGCUCUAGGCAGUAGAGGAGCAUCAGGCACCGACUUGCACACUGCUGGACAGAUCUAUUACAUAGAAAAAAUUAAGAAGGCUGCACAGUGUGACCAGACUGCUGCCUGACAGGGAACAGAGCUGAGAGCGCUGAGGACUGUGAGCAGAGCCUUGUGAAUCAGCAGAGCUCCAGAGGACGCCAAGAUGUGGAAGAGGUCAAAGGUGACCGAUCAAACUGCCGCUGGGCAGGCAGGCAUCAAGAGGAAGUCCAAAGUGCCCGGUGUCAUGAUAACGCAGUAUAUGGAGGAACUUCCUGAGGGAAUGUCAACUCCAGAUUUCACUCGCAAACCCAUCGCUCUGACUAUUCAAGAGGGUAAAUUUGCAGUCUUUAAGGCCAUAGUAGUGGGUACUCCCAUGCCUGUUGUGACAUGGAGCAGAGCAAAUGGAGAAAUAGUUUAUAAACCUGACGUGUGCCAGCAAAAGUAUGAUGAGGCAUCUCACGAACAUACCAUUGAGUUUCCUAAGGUUACCCCAGAGGAUGCUGACACCUACAAGUGUUUUGCAACAAAUGAGUAUGGAAAAGCUGUUUGCACCGUUGUCUUAAAUGUUAUUGCGGUUGGAUUCUCUAAGACCAAAGAAUUUCAAAAGGCACAAGUAGAAGAUCUCACAGACACCCGAAAAAGACUGAAAAAACGAAACCCUGACGGAACACGUGAGGAAAAGGUAAUGGAUACAGAGGACAAGAUCUGGGAAAUUCUGCUUAGUGCGGAUAAGAAAGACUAUGAGCGGAUCUGCGCCGAGUACGGUAUCAAAGACUUCCGAGGCAUGCUGAAGAAACUCAGCGAAAUGAAGAAAGAGAGAGAGGAGGAGAUUGCAGAGUUUGUGGCACAUAUCUCCAAACUGAAACCUAUUGAGGUCAGCUGCGACGACUGUGCAACAAUUGAGUUGGACAUGGACCUCAAGGAUCCUUUGAGCAAAAUCUUCCUAUACAAGGAUGGCGUCAUGGUUCCUUUCAGUAAAGAAGAAGGCGAGACGUUGAAGCAUAGUUUGAAACAAAUUGGCAAGAAAUACGUAUUCACGAUUAAAAAACUAGGUGCAGAGGAUGCUGGACUCUACUCAGUGGAUGUUGAGGGCGUCAAUGUAUUUUCCACAGACUUUAAAGUACCCGAAGUUGACUUUGCUGUCAAGAUACAUGAGGUCAAGGCAACAGAACGAGAGGACGCGCUCUUUCAAUGUGUCCUGACUGCACCCAUGAAUGAGGUCAAAUGGUUUGGCAAAAACGCAGCACUGUCAAAUGAUAAAAAACAUGAAAUCAUUGUAUCUGAAGAUAGGCUCAUUCACAAGCUGAUUGUGCGGGACUGUAUGCCUUUGGAUGCUGGUAUCUAUGCUGCUGUGGCAGGAAUCAAAUCAUGCAAUGCCUGGCUUGUGGUUGAAGCUGACAAAGAUCCUGCCAACAAGGGCAAGAAGGCAGCUCGCAAAACUACUAUGGCUGGAGGCGGUAAUGACGAAGAUCUGAUGAAAAUAGCUAAGGAACAGCAGGAAAGAUAUCAGAAAGAAAUGGAAGAAAAAAUGGAAAAAGCCAAGAAGGCUCAAGAGGAGAGAGAAGCUGCAGAAGCAGCUGCCCAAGCGGAGACAGAAGCAGCUAGAAAGGAAGCGGCUGAGGCCAAAGCUGCAGCUAAAGCUGCGGCUAAAGCUGCUGCAAGGGCAAAGAGAGCAGCAGCUGGAAAGGAUGGAGCUGCGAGGAAAAGUAAGAAGGAUGCUGGUGCUGCUGGUGGUGCAGGCUCUGCUGCAGAUGGUGCUGGAGGCGCUGGAGGUGCUGGCAGCGCUGGUGGCGCUGGAGGUGCUGGUGGCGCUGGUGGAGGUGCUGGUGGCGCUGGUGGAGGUGCUGGUGGCGCUGGAGGUGCUGGUGGCGCUGGUGGAGGCGCUGGAACUGGUGCAGGUGCUGGUAAAGGCAUCGGAGCUGGUGUUGGUGGUGGUGGAGGUGGACAAGGUGGAGAAGGAGGUGUAGGUGGGGCUGGAGGAGGAGCAGGAGGAGGAGCAGGAGGAGGAGUUGGAGGUGGAGCUGGAGGUGGAGCUGGAGGAGGAGCAGGAGGAGGAGCAGGAGGAGGAGUUGGAGCUGGAGCUGGAGGAGGAGCAGGAGGAGGAGUUGGAGGAGGAGCAGGAGGUGGAGUUGGAGGAGGAGCAGGAGGUGGAGUUGGAGGAGGAGCAGGAGGAGGAGCAGGAGGUGGAGCUGGAGGAGGAGCAGGAGUUGGAGGUUUGGCUGCAGGUGGAGCAGGAGUUGGAGGUGGAGCUGGAGGUGGAGCAGGAGUUGGAGGUGGAGCAGGAGGAGGUUCGGGAGAAGAUUUUGAGAGUGAAGAUGACUACGACUCUUUCGAAGAUUCUGAUGAAGAAUUUGCAGGAGAGGGAGGAGAAGGAGGAGAAGGAGGAGAAGGAGGAGAGGGAGGAGCAGGAGGUGGACAAGGGAAGCGCAGGAAGCGCAUGAGAGAUGGUCCACUCGUUGCAGAUACAGUGAUAGGAGAUAAUAAUGAUGAGGAAACCACAAAUCAACAAGGUGAAAAAUCUGGGAAAAAAGGCAAACGUUCCAAAAAGAAACUUGGGGAGGUUGAAGAACCUGUUGUUGGAGAUAACAAUGAUGAGGAAACCACAAAUCAACAAGGUGAAAAAUCUGGGAAAAAAGGCAAACGUUCCAAAAAGAAACUUGGGGAGGUUGAAGAACCUGUUGUUGGAGAUAAUAAUGAUGAGGAAACCACAAAUCAACAAGGUGAAAAAUCUGGGAAAAAAGGAAAACAUUCCAAAAAGAAACUUGUGGAGGUUGAAGAACCUGUUGUUGACCCAGGAGUUCACUUUCAUGCUGGGCUUUCUGACUGCAAAGCCAUUGUUGGAGAGGCAGCAGAGAUGGAGUGCAAAGUGAACAGGGAAGACUGUCAGGGAAUCUGGUACAAAGAUGGAGAGGAGAUUACAUCAUCUGAGGGUAUAACCAUUACAAAAGAAGGAACUUUCCACAGGCUGAAAAUUCACAAAGUCACAGAGGAAUUUGCUGGAAAAUAUAAAUUUGAAGCGGAUGGGCGGAAAACAGAGGCCCUGAUUGUUGUUGAAGAUCCACCCAGAUUUGAUACUAAGGAACUGGAGGCAUUUAAAAUUCCUGUAACAGUGAAAAAAGGACAGAAAGCUACCUUCAAACUACCCUAUAUUGGAGGGGAACCUAUAAAAGUUCAGUGGUACCUUGACGGUGAAGAGCUUUCGGAUGAAUCAAAUAUCAAGCUUGAGCACGCAGAUGGGUACAGUCGUCUGCUUCUGACCAAGCUGCAACGCAAAGACAGCGGUGAAAUCAAAAUGAAACUCAAAAAUGAGUUUGGCACUAUUGAGGCCUUCAGCCAGCUCAUUGUACUGGAUAAACCUACUCCUCCAAUGGGACCCCUGGAGAUUGUUGAGGCAUCCUCCUCCACAAUUGAAUUCAAGUGGAGACCCCCAAAAGACAGCGGUGGCUGCAAGAUUGGACACUAUAUCCUGGAACGACAACAAGUUGGCCGCAACACCUGGAAGAAGUUGGGGCCAAUUGGUCCGGAUGCCAAGUACAAGGACACUGAUGUAGAUCAUGGCAGGAGGUAUUGCUAUCGCAUCAGAGUGGAGACUGAAAUGGGCACCAGUGAGCUGAUGGAAACGGAGGACAUUCAAGCCGGUACAAAAGCAUACCCUGGACCUCCAUCAGCACCAAAGAUUGUGAGUGCCUUCAAGGACUGCAUCAAGCUCUCCUGGGCUCCUCCUUCCAACACUGGUGGAACAAAUAUUCUGGGAUACAACCUUGAGAAACGCAAGAAAGGCAGCAACCUGUGGGGCCAAGUCAACCCACAUGAUGAGAUGAUCAAAGGGAAGGGAUAUGCUGCUAAAGACGUGGUUGAAGGCAUGGAGUACGAAUUCCGUGUGUCAGCAAUCAAUAAUUCUGGAGCCGGUGAAUUCAGUGCACCGUCUGAGUUUGUGUUUGCCAGAGACCCUAAAAAGCCUCCUGGUAAAGUCAUUGACUUUAAAGUGACAGAUUCCACCUACACAACCCUGUCCCUGUCUUGGACCAAACCCAAGGACAUUGAGGGGGUUGAGGAUGAGGCAAAAGGAUAUUUUGUGGAGAUCAGGCCUGCAGAAAACACAGAAUGGGAUCGCUGCAACACAAAUGCAAUAACCAUGAAUACUUUUACAGUGAAAGGCAUGAAGUCAUUGGCCAUGUACUGGGUGAGAGUAAUUGCUACUAAUGAUGGAGGAGAGGGAGAGCCGCAGGAGCUGGAUAAUUACAUCCUCGCUAUGCCUCCUCCUGUGAGGCCACGGUUCACAGAUGCAAAAAUCAAGAGUUUCAUGGUGGUGAGAGCAGGAAAUUCUGCCCGAUUCAACAUUAACUUUGAGGCCUCCCCUUGGCCUGAGGUCAUCUGGCUGAAAGAUGGAGCACCAGUGUCCAAAAAAGUGACCGUCAGCAAUGCAGAGGGUACAUCCCAGCUUCUGAUUCCCUCCUCUGAGCGCUCAGAUACUGGAAUCUACACAAUCAUUGUUAAGAACAUUGUUGGCCAAGAAACAUUCAGCAUUGAAAUUAGAGUCACAGAUGAACCUAAGCCACCAGGUCCUGUGGAGCUUGAUGAAAACGUGCCUGGUACAGUGACUAUUUCAUGGUCCGCAUCUCCAGACGAGAAACGUGAUGACAGGCUGCACUACAUGGUGACUAAGCGUGAUUCAAGCAAAAGAACAUGGCACACUGUUGCAGAUCUCAUCUUCAACAAUAGGUUCACAGCCUGCAACAUAAUGCCGGGCCGAGAAUAUCAGUUCAGAGUCUAUGCAAAGAAUGACAUGGGCUCUUCCAAACCCUCUGAAUCACCAAAGUGGCUCAUUUCUACCAAAAAAGAAAAGUUCACUGUGAAAAUGCCAAAGUCGAAGACCUGUAAUCUGCAGUGUCCUCCAAGGUUCAUUGUGCCACUAAAAUUGCACACUGCUCCUCAAGGGUAUGAAUGCUACAUGAGCUGUGCUAUAAGAGGAGAUCCAACACCUCAUGUGACAUGGCUCCGCAACAAUAUUAGUCUGAAUACCAACACUAACUACUACAUCUCCAACACCUGUGGAGUGUGUUCUCUGCUCAUAUUGAGGGUUGGACCUAAGGACACCGGGGAGUACAAGGUUGUUGCAGAAAACCCUAUGGGGCGGGCAGAGUGCUCCACUAAACUGACAGUCAGAGAAUAAAUACGCAACACUCGCUGAAGAUGAUAGAAUCGCUCUAAAACUGUAACAGGAGAGAAAAGUUUUGGUCAUUUACAGAUUCUAUAUUCUAUGUCUUUAGAGUUGAGCCAGCUCUGUCACAUGCAGAAAGAUUGGUGGUUAUUCAAAGUUAAAGUCACAGUCAGGUCUUAGAAAUACAAUUGAUGCUGAAGUAAAAUGUUUGUUUUGAUUUCAACUGUGCAAUCUCAAUAAAAUGAAGCCUUGAAAUUCUAAUGAGCAAUGUUGCAUAUUUUAACUGUAAUAACAUGCAUGAUAAACAGUAGAGAUAUUUAUACUAAAGGACUAAAGUGUGUAGCAGUGAUUUAUUGAAAUUGAUUUAUUUAAAAGGGCUAUUUAAAGGUGUUUACCUAAAUUUGAUACAACUAUCAGUUUAUGUCUUCCAAUUCAUUUUUAGAUGCAGGUUUCUGUUCACUUGUAUAGUGACUGUUGGGUUCCAAUCGUAUUAUUUUCAUAAUUGGGACUCCUCUCCUCGAAUGAAACAGAGCAGAAAACAUACUGACAUGAAAAAUUUAUACUGUGUGUGAUUGUUUGUUGUAGUAUGUUAUACAUAAGAAAAUAUGUGUGGGUUUGGUGUAAAUAAAUAUUUCAUACCGCUA